AUAAGGAGAGGGUGGGGGUGAAAUUCUGGAAGAUUCUGCAGGAAUCUUAUGAGUGGACCCCAUUUCAUUCGUUUAUUGUGGGGACUGUUUGUAAGAGCUAGGUGGGUUAGCCCUCCCUGUCACAGCCACAACUGUGGUGGGGUACUAAAGCUAUUAGGAGCCAAUGACUGGAAUACACUGAUCCCGUCUCCUCACUGCAGAGAUGUCAAAGAGACCAUCCCAUGCCCCUCCCCCUCCCCCUACCCCUACAACACAAAUGCCCAACACAGCCGGUUUUGUGGGCUACAACCCAUACAUCCAUCUGGCCUACAACAACUACAGAUUGGGAGGGAGCCAAAGCAGCAACAGUCGGGUAACGAAUUCCUCUGGAGUAAAUAUCCCAAAGCCGCCCAAGCCACCUGAUAAGCCAUUGAUGCCAUAUAUGAGAUAUAGUCGUAAGGUUUGGGAUCAAGUAAAAGCCUCCAAUCCUGAGCUGAAGCUAUGGGAAAUUGGGAAGAUAAUCGGUGGCAUGUGGAGGGACCUCACUGAUGAGGAGAAACAGGAUUAUUUGAAUGACUACGAAGCAGAGAAGAUUGAGUAUAAUGAGAGCAUGAAGGCCUAUCACAACUCACCAGCAUACCUGGCAUACGUUACCGCUAAAGGCCGAGCCGAGGCAGCCCUGGAAGAGGAGAGCCGCCAGAGGCAGUCCAGACUGGACAAGGGCGAGCCUUACAUAAGUAUUCAGCCAGCGGACGAUCCAGAUGAUUACGACGACGGGUUUUCUAUAAAGCACUCGGCUGCAGCUCGUUUCCAACGCAACCACCGUCUAAUCAGCGAGAUCCUCAGUGAGAGCGUCGUCCCAGAUGUGCGCUCAGUUGUUACCACUGCUCGCAUGCAGGUCCUCAAACGCCAGGUCCAGUCUUUGAUGGUACACCAGAGAAAAUUGGAAGCAGAGUUGCUUCAGAUUGAAGACCGCCACCAGGACAAGAAAAGAAAAUUCAUUGAAGCCACAGAGUCGUUCACAAAUGACCUCAAAAGGCUGUGCUGUCUGAAGGUGGAAGUGGACACGGAGAAGAUUUCUGCAGAGAUUUCUGCAGCAGAAGAGGCCGGUCGCAAACGGAUGGCAGAUAAGGAUGUAGGAGACAGAGGCACAAAAGAAGCCCCAACCUGUGUGUUGGCAGAAGAAGAAAAACACAUUUGUGCCACACAUGGCAACAAGUCCCAGCAAAACUCUCAAAGUGAAAGUAGCAACAAAGAAGGUGAGGAAGCAGAAUCCAACAACACAGAUACACCAGAGAAGCCAAAAGCUUCAGAGGAGCUUGAGACUCAUCCAGGCAGUGAGGAGGGGGCAUCAGAGGAAAAGGAGAGCGUCCCUGAGGGAGCCAUGGAGGAGGGAACCAGCGACAGUAACACAGGCUCAGAGACCACCUCUGCACAGACAGAAGAUGCCCCGACUAGUGAGCCAUCAGAGGGGUCCAGCAGGGCAAGAGCAGCCCAUUGAGUCCAAAAGAGGUCACAAUCUGUGAACUGUAAGGCUAUCAUUACAUUACGUCUGCUGGUCUGUGAUAUCACCCUCUGAUAACAUAUAUUGCACAGUAUCAUCUUAGUUUGUCAAAGAAUAUGAAGAACAUUUAGAUGGGCUCAAUGUUGUAACAUGCCUGAAUGAGAGAGGAUGCUUAAGUUGAGUUUUAAAACACCAAAAGGCUUGCAGACAUGAAUACAAAUACAUUAUAAAAUUGUAAAGCUGACAAAGCAAAGGCCCUUUUUAAAAUCAAUGUCUGCUAAGUGCACCCAUGUGAAAGCACGAUAUUUCCUCCACAGGCCUCAUUGCCAUUUGGAAGAACUCAUACAAGCUCUCUUCAGCACACACUGAUACAUAUCUCUAGCACUCUGUCUAGAUUGUCGCAAAUUAAGACUGGCUAUUUGAAAAAAGCUGUCACAUGAAACAAACAUUGUUCAGUGUUAUAUUUAACUGUGUCCUUUGUAUUGUAAUGUCCUUGUUGCUUUGAUUUUUGCAUGAUGCAAUCUUUAAAAAUAAGUUGGCAUACUUGUGAAGAGUGAUGCUGGGUGACCAUCUCCUUGGCAGGAGAAUAUUUGUUUACUCUCCGUAUCAGUAUUACAGUGACAGUAUUGUCUCAGGAGUUUGUAAUCAGUAGUAGUUAUUUGUUAUUUAUUAUCAGUAUUUUUAUUAAACUUGUAUUGGUUGUCCCAGUUCAUCUAAUAGGUAUAUCACAUGAUCAUCAAUGCUGUACAAUGCUUGACUACCAGUGUUCUCAAGUUUGCUAGCUGUCAAUCAAAUCAAAAGCAGUAUGCUUAGAAUAUGUCCGUGUUAUGAUGAAUGUUGCAAUUUUCAACAGAAAAUUUUUAAAUGUACCGUAAUUAUGUACACAGUGUAACGAGGUUUGCUUAAACAUGGAUGUUCAUGUCGUGAAACAUGCAGUCUUACAAUUAAUUUCUUUUUGCAUAUUUAUACCAAUAAACUUUUCUACCCUG